AUGUGUGAACUAAUUCCAAAAUUGACAAGUCCACCAUUAUUAUUUAUAGAAUUUCAAUUAUUAUCUGAUCAAAUACAAGAAUGUGAUAAUAUAAAUGAAAUGGCAAAGUUGCUACAAGAAUGUGGGCAUCUAUAUCCGAAAGUAUCCAGCGUUUACAAUUAUAUAUUAACAUUAUCAAUAACAACUGCAAUCAAUGAACGAAGUUUCAGCAAAAUGAAGAUAAUAAAGAAUUAUUUGAGGGUAACAUUGACGAAUGAGAAAUUAGAAUAUUUGCUACUAUGUUCAGUUGAACAUGAUAUACUCGAUAAACUUGAUGUAUCAAAACUUACCGAACAAUGGGUGGCGGCACUGGCUGAAACAAAAAUACCGGAUUCGGGUGUUUGCGUAGUAAAUGGAUAUACGUUCAUAUAUUCAGGUUCACCUUCUCAAUUAUUAUCAAAAUCUGCAUACGGGGCAGCUGUAUGUUUGGGUCCUGAAGCUACUAAUGCUUGGAAGAACUCAGGUGCUCAAUGGGAAGCAGUGAGUUCAAGACUUGUAACUGUACGUAUUGAAUGUCGACCUGUACCAAUCACCAUCAUAGCUGUUUAUGCACCCAUAAAUCCCUCGAAUGGAGUAAAAAAUGAUAUUGAAACUUGUGACGAGUUCUAUAAAAUUCUACAAGCAACAAUAGAUAAAACUCAUAAGAGUGAUAUGAUUAUGAUAAUGGGUGAUUUUAAUGCUCGUGUUGGGGUAGAACAGGCCAAUACAGCUGGAGGAACUGUCGGUAAGCAUGCUAUUGACAAACAAAAUCAAAACGGUCGUCGACUAGUCGAUUUCUGUUUAUUUAAUAGCUUUAUAGUUACUAACACAUUCUUUCCACAUAAAGCAGUCCAUCAAGGCACGUGGAUGCAUCCAAAAACAAAACAAUGGCACAUGUUAGAUUAUAUACUAGUCAAUCGUAAAUUUCGAUCUAGUGUACAAGAUGUACGAGCUCAUAGAGGUGCUACUGGCGGUAUUGGAACAGAUCAUCAUUUAUUACGUGCUAAAAUUCGGUUACAUUUGAAAUGUCGUAGAAAAGCAGAGAAAAAAUAUCGGUUAAGACUUGAUCAGUCAAAACUGGCAGAUGAUUGUUUACUCUCUGCUUUCCAAAUUGAAUUAGCGAAUGAAAUAAAAGCCAUUCGGCGCGAUAAUAAAACCUUAUCGGUGAAUGAAAAGUUCACAAAUUUUGUUAACAGUGUUCGAGAACGUGGUAGACACUACUUUGGAAACAAUAAAAGCAUUCAUAAAGGCGGAAAAGAAUGGUUCACACCAGAACUAAAGGAAAUUGUUGAUAAAAAGGCUAAAGCAUAUGUAGACUGGCAACUACAUCGCAGCACGACCAACGAGAAUAAAUAUAGAAACAGAUACCGAACGUUGGCAAAAAUAGUACAAAACAAAGUAUAUGCUAGACAACAUGAAUAUUGGGAGGAGUUAAGCAUAGACAUAGAAAACGCAGUCAAAGUACAUGAUCCAACAAGUGCUUUUCAAAUCAUUCGUAGACUGCGUGGAAAUGGACAAAGUAUAAAGCACAUACCAGUCCAGGAUAAGAACGGCUUAACAUUAACUAACAGUAAAGAUCAAUUGAAUAGAUGGAAAGAGUAUUUUGAUAAAAUGCUCAAUGUUGAUACAACAAUAAACGAACAAGUUUUACAACAAAUUCCAAGUCCUACAGUUGAUGAUGAUGAACUUUCUCGACAGGAUGCUGUGCCAACUCUUGAUGAGGUUGUAAAGGCGAUUGGACAAAUUAAAAAUAAAAAAGCUCCUGGAAAAGACGAUGUACCAGCGGAACUCCUAAAAGCGGGCGGUCAUUAUAUCGCUGAAUGGUUGCAUGAAAUUAUUCGCGAUGUAUGGGAACAGGAGGUUAUGGUAAAGGAAUGGACGGAAGCUAUUAUAAUACGACUAUACAAGAAUAAGGGAGAUAAACGAAUUUGUGACAACUAUCGAGGCAUAUCUUUACUAGAUGUUGCAGGGAAAAUCUUUGCCAGAAUCAUACUAAAUCGUAUUCAAGCUUCACUUGACAGAAAGCUGAUGGAGGAACAAGCAGGCUUUCGUUCUAGAAGAUCCACCAUGGAUCAGGUCUUCAUACUAAAAAUGGUCAUGGAAAGAUCAAGAGAGUUUAAUCAACCUCUGCACAUGUGCUUUAUUGAUCUAAAGAAAGCAUAUGAUUCUGUUAAUCGAAAAACACUUUGGCGAGUGUGUCGAGCAUAUGGGUUAUCACAAAAGAUAGUUCGAAUGUUACAACUGCUAUAUGAGGAUACAUCUGCUCAAAUUCGAAUUGAUGAUGAUGUUAGUGAAAGCUUUGUAAUGAAUACUGGUGUGAGACAAGGUUGUAUUCUCUCUCCAAUAUUGUUCAAUGUAUAUAUUGAUUAUAUCAUGAAACAAAUAAUUCAACAAGCUAACGUUCAGGGUGUCACGUUAUCAUACCGUCUUGGUGAUCUCUGGCUUUCUGGUAGAGGAAAUGGUAGUCAUAAUGUACAUCUAUUGACUUUAAUGUAUGCAGAUGAUAUUGUUGUCAUGUGCGACAGUCCAAAAAACUUAGAACAUUUUAUAAAAGUGUUCGAAAGAGUAACCAAUGAUUUUGGCCUAACUAUGAACAUUCAAAAAACAUGUACUAUGUCACUAAAGCAAUUCGAGAAAACAAUAGAAAAGAAUGAAACAGAAGGAAAAGAGAAAGAUGCUCCAUCAAAUAUCGUCAUUCAAGAUCAAAAUAUAGAAACUGUGAACAAUUUUAAUUAUCUUGGAUGUAAUAUAGCUAACGAUCAAACACAAGCUAAGGAAAUAGAAGUACGCUUAGGAAAAGCUUCUAACGCGUUUAACUCACUUCGUCGUGUUGUAUGGUACAGGAAAUGUAUAUCUAUUCAAGCAAAAGUUAGAAUAUUUAAGGCUUGUAUUCUACCUGUGUUGCUAUAUGGAAGUGAAAUAUGGUGCCUGAAAGUUGUCGAAGAACAACGGCUGAAUACAUUUUACAUGAAAUGUCUUCGAACGUUGUUAGGUGUGGGUCGUGGUGACAGAAUGAGGAAUGAUCUAAUUCUUGAGUUGACUGGUCAGCCAUCCUUAGAAAAGAUCUUGAGGAGAAAUAGACUAAGGUGGUUUGGUCAUGUCAACCGAAUGAACAACGAAGAAGAUCACCCAAUGUUGCCAAAAAAGGUCCUAUUCUCGUCUUUUGCUGAUGCUAAAAGACCUCCACACGGGGUCAAAUUAAGAUGGAAAGACAAAAUAGCUAAAGAUCUCACAAUGUGUGAGAUAAAAAAUUGGAGACGAGAAGUUCAAGAUAAGGAGAUGUGGCGUAAAACAAUUAAUAAAGAAGUUAAGUCCACAACAGUCCGAUCGGAUGCAGCACAUGUCAUACAUGAGCAUAAAGAAAGAGCAAAAAAACGUCGGGCAGAUGAAAGACUUCUUGAUUGUAAUAAAAAAAUGAAUACUCCUCCAAGUACAACAACAGUAAUAAAUGUAGAUGCAACAUGCUCAAUAUGUGGGCGAUCGUUUAAAAGCAAACGAGGUAUGAACAUACAUAAACGAGUAUGCAUACAAAAACAGUCAACGAAGGCAUCAACUGAUACCAAAACAAAUGAGAUGCAUCAACUAACGACAGCAUCAACAACAAACAAGAACACUACCAUAAAAAAUAUAAAAAUAAUAGAUCUAUUAAUAAAAAAAGAUAAAAACAAAUAUGUAUGUCCAAAUAGUAUGUGCCGGAAAAUACUAAAAGCACAAGGUGCAACAAUGCAUGUCAAAUCAUGUGCUAAAGCAUGGCUGAUUGAACAAGGAGUUCAGAUUUAA